CUAGCGCGGGCCCGCCGGGCUCGGCCAUGCAGGGCUGGGGCCGCGUGCUGCGGGCGGCCGGGCGCCUCCGCUCGGUCGCUGCCAGCCCCGGGGCCGCCCGCGGAGCGAGCUGCGGGCCCGGCGAGCGGCGGGGGCGCGGGGCCGCGCUGCCCGCGGGGCCGGACCUGCGGCACUUCCUGAGAGCCGCCGCCGUGCCGCCGCCCGCCGGGGAGCCGCGGCCCGAGCCGGAGCGGGGCGCUGCCGCCGGGCCCGGCAGAGUGUACCUGGAGACCUACGGGUGCCAGAUGAACGUCAGUGACACGGAGAUCGCGUGGGCUAUCCUGCGAAAGAACGGCUACACGAGGACAAAGGACGUGGAUGAGGCCGAUGUGAUUCUGCUUGUUACCUGUUCUGUGAGGGAGAAGGCUGAGCAGGCUAUCUGGAAUCGCCUGCGGCACCUCAAGGCACUGAAAGCCCGGCGGCACCAGGGUCGCCUGCCUCUCCGCAUCGGGAUCCUAGGAUGCAUGGCUGAGAGGCUUAAGGAGGAGAUUCUGCACAGGGAGAAGCUAGUCGAUAUCGUGGCAGGCCCCGAUGCGUACCGUGACCUUCCUCGGCUGCUGGCCGUGGCUGAGUCUGGCCAGCAAGCUGCUAACGUCCUGCUGUCGCUAGAUGAGACUUACGCAGAUAUUCUGCCUGUCCAGACUAGCGCAGGUGGCACGACAGCAUUUGUAUCUAUCAUGCGGGGCUGUGACAACAUGUGUAGCUAUUGCAUCGUGCCCUUCACCCGUGGCCGCGAAAGGAGCCGCCCCAUUGCUUCCAUUCUGCGGGAAGUGAAGAUGCUCUCAGAUCAGGGGGUGAAAGAAGUGACUCUUUUGGGUCAGAAUGUCAACAGCUUUCGAGAUAUGUCUGAGGUGCAGUUUCAGACAGCCGCUGCCCCUGUCCUCAGUCGUGGCUUUAGCACCGUCUACAAAGCUAAGCCAGGAGGAUUGCGUUUUGCACAUCUUCUAGACCAGGUUUCCAGAAUUGAUCCAGAAAUGAGGAUCCGUUUCACUUCUCCACACCCCAAGGAUUUUCCUGAUGAGGUCCUGCAGCUUAUCCAGGAGCGACACAACAUCUGCAAACAGCUCCAUCUCCCAGCCCAGAGUGGAAGCACACGAGUCCUGGAGGCCAUGCGACGAGGAUACACAAGGGAAGCAUAUUUAGAGCUCGUACACCACGUGCGUGACUCCAUUCCAGGAGUGAGUUUAAGCAGCGAUUUCAUUGCGGGUUUCUGUGGGGAGACAGAAGAAGAUCACCAGCAGACCGUGUCCUUGCUGCGGGAAGUCCGCUACAACGUAGGCUUCCUGUUCGCUUACAGCGUGAGACAGAAAACCCGGGCGUAUCACCGGCUGCAGGACGAUGUGCCUGCAGAUGUAAAGCGGAGGCGUCUGGAGGAGCUCAUUGCUGUCUUUCGAGAGGAGGCUGCAAGAGCGAAUGAGGCGAUGGUGGGCCAGUCUCAGCUGGUGCUGGUGGAAGGGCCCAGCAAGCGCUCUGCCUCGGAGUUGUGUGGGAGGAACGAUGGCAACAUCAAAGUGAUCUUCCCUGAUGCUGAGAUAAAGGAUGCCGCAGGCUGCAAGGCUCUGGUCAGAGCCCAGCCAGGGGACUAUGUUUUGGUGAAGGUAACCUCUGCCAGUUCUCAGACCUUGAAGGGAGUUCCGCUUUGUCGUACCACCCUUGCCUGCUCUACAGCUUGACACUGUCCAGUGGCAGCAGGGAUGACUCAAAAGUAGCACGUUUUCCCCAGGAAGAAACAACAAAGUUUGGACAGGUGGAGAUGGGGCAGAAACAGCGAUGUGUUGUGUUUUAUCUGUGCGUAUUAGGUAUAUCUACAUUUUGGGUACAACCUGCCCCCUGUAGAUCUGUGCAAGUUUGUAGACAAAAGGGACGGAAGCUGUGCAUGGAUGCGCCAAAGCCAAGUACUGCGUGAUCUAGUGUUUUCACUUGCUGUCAGGCUUGGCCCACCCUUGAAGUGCUGCAGGCCUGUCCUCUGACGCAGCCCAGCCUGAGAAAUUUCUGUCCGCAGGGCAGAUCAUUCCUAAUAGCUCCGCUGAAUUUAGGAGCUGCAAAAACUGGGAGAACCUAGAAAACACAACUCUAGUAACUGCUGGAGAAUCGGAGGAGAACUGCCAAAGGGAUGAACAACUUGAAGAACAAGAUCGUUGAGAAGAUUGUGAUGAAUUCUUUCCAAAUAAUAAAUUCCUCAACUGCAAAAUGUUUGGAAGGGGGAAGUAAGAACUUGCACUGUGCCUUUAUGAUGGAAUAUAAAAUGAUGUUUAAUGAG